CAUUUAAGUACGUUUUUUUUGAAACUACACUCAAGCCUUGAUAAGCUUGAUAAUUUACCAGAAGACGCCUCUUUUACCAUUCAAUUACAAGUCACAGAGUUUGCGCAUUUGGAGUACAAGCAAGACCCCCUUAAUGAAAAUUUUUUGUGGGUCGCAGCGCCCGAAUAUGACAAUAGUUCGUUUCCCGUAAUAGCGCCUUUGCAUAGUGUUAACACCGGUUUCGUCCAUUUUCAAAUUCUUGUCGAAAAACCGUCGUAAAAAUGUGUGAUAGUAAUAGAAGGAAGCGGAAACGUAACAGUUCGUUAGAAACGUGCAGAACUGUGAAAGGAAUUUUUAAAAGGGGCGAUUUGGAGGAUUCUUUAUCGGCUUCCGAUUGGAGUUCGCAUAAUGAUCAUUACAAAUCAAGAAGAAGAAAUCGGAUUGUUAAACUAGAUUCUGACCCUUUGCUUCUGACGUGUGAAUGGGAUUCGUGUUAUCAGGAUUUUACGGAAUUUGUCCCCUUUGUCGACCAUCUGAAGCAACAUUUGCACAAUUACAGUUUAGUCGGAGAUGGGGUGUGCACGUUUUUUGCAGAUUGUUGUUGGACGGGGUGCACUUACGUCGCCAACUCGAUACCGGACCUAAACCAGCACUUGUGCUAUCACGCCUACCAUACCAAAUUAAAAUGUCGUGGCAAGAGUGUCUUAUACCGCACUAAUUUGCCCGAAUGCACCCUAACCGAGCACUUUGUAAUUCCCGUAACUCCCGAUGGGUAUCUUUGCGAGUGGGAGUACUGUAACGAGCGAUUUGAGACGAUAUUUGAACUCUUUGAACAUGUUCGAGUUCACAUUUAUCACAAUCCAAAAAACCACAAACAGGGCAAUAUCACUUGUUGCUGGAAAGGGUGCACCAAUAAAACGAAAUUUCGCACUCAGUGUAAGUUAGCUGAGCACAUGAGGAUGCACACAAAGGAGAAAAUGGUGGCGUGUCCGACUUGUGGUAACUUAUUUUCUAAUGUAACGAAGUUUUGUGAUCAUCGACGGAGGCAGUUGCCGAUUAAUCUACAAAGUUAUUUGUGUUCGCAAUGCUCGAAAUAUUUCCCAAGUGAACGCUUAUUGAGGGAUCACAUGAGACUGCAUAUUAACCAUUACAAGUGUUCCAUGUGCGAAAUGACCUGUCCUAAACCAUCAAUCCUUGCCAAACAUAUCAGAUACAAACAUUUGAGCGAGAGACCGUUUAAAUGUAACUACUGCGAUUACGAAUGCGUUUCGAAGCACAAUUUGGAUUUCCAUGUGAAAACGCACGACCCUGAGAGUGAAUACAAGUGCUCUGAUUGUGGCUAUGAAUGCCGGUCUCAGUUCGGUUUGGACCGACAUUAUCAAAAAGCCCACGGAAAAGACUUAACUAACGUGUACGAAUGCCACAACUGUAAAAAACAAUUUAUGCGUGGGGGUUUCUUGACUAAACAUUUGAUGAAAGUCCACAAUUACCACUGGCCGUCGGGUCACUCGAGGUUUCGCUACAAGGAAGAUGCGGACGGGAUUUAUCGGCUUCAAACGGUCCGAUAUGAGACACUUGACGUGACUGAGGAAAUUAUCAAAGGGAAAACGGUUCAAGCUCCCUCAGAGAAGGAAUCUUUGAAUUUCAAUGUGGUGAAGAAAACGGCGAAAGAUUCUAAUUCGUUGCAUACUUUCGAGGUGGUUUUUUCGGAGAAAGAUGAGACAAAGAGUGAGAGUGAAGCCGCGAAGGAGGUGUUGAUUCAAAUCGAUGAUCUUGAUACGAAAGGACAAGUUGUCAAGUCGCAGACGAUACAUUCGAUUUGUGCAGAUUUGGAGGAGAUUAGUGAUUGCAAUAGCAAAGAAAUUGUAGCUAUAGGGGACAAAACGAAUGAAGUUUAGUUGGGUGUGCCAA